UUUGCAAGAGGAGAGCAAAGUGAGCGACAUAAACAGACGGAGCGGAGCAGCCGAGAGUUGGGAACUUGGGAUACCCCCACCAAUGCCUUCCUCUUCCUCCACCUCACCCUCCGAAGGAGAUGAUUUGGCUGUCACGGCCGAAGCCUCCGACAAGGGUUCUGAUUCCGAAAUCGAAAACAACGACGAUGGCGACGAAUAUGGCGGCAGCGAGGAAAUGGAAGAUGAAGAAGGAGAUUAUGAUAAUGGAGAAGAAAGAGUUGUCGAUUUGUCAGAUUCGGAAACCGUCGCCGAUGAUGGUCUGAAUGAUUCUAGCCAAGAAAUCAAGUCUGAGGGGCAUGAUGAUGACUUGAGGUCAGGUUCCUCCACUCCAGAAAAAUCUAAACCAAGUCUUCCAACAGAUAUUUCUGACAUAGAAGGUAGUAUUGAAGCCUUACCAAAUAAGAAAGCUCCUUGUGAUGUUCCAAGAUUCUAUAAUGAGGUCCAUACUGGUAAUGAAGCUCAGAUAAGUAAGACUGAUCCCUCGGGUGCUGAGAUCCUGACGAGUAAUGGCUCCAGGAAGAAUGAUUCUAAUGGUGUCCUAAAUGCUGAAGACACUAAUCGAAUGGACAUCAAGGAAGGGAAGGACCUGAAGCUAAGGGUAUCAAGUUUUCCUACUUCCCAGCUAAGGCCUAGAAGUUUAUCCCCUGGUGCUGAAUUUGAGGACCGAAACAAGCGCCCUGCAAUUGUUUGUGACUUUUUUGCUAAAGGUUGGUGUGUAAAGGGGAGUUCUUGUAGGUUUCUGCAUGUGAAAGAUGGUACUGGUAAGGGAGACGUGCCUGUCGCAAGUUUGGAAAACGAAGUGAAGGUGGAUGCAGGUUUGAGACAGGAUAUGGAUGCAUCAAAAUUUUCUGCUUUCCCUGAACCAUUAGCUUCUUCAGCCGCAAAUAAUUUUUCAGCAAAAUCUCAUUUCUCUUCAGAAAGAUUCCUACCCAGGGAGCAUGGAGAAAAUAUUGGGUGGCAUCAGUUCCCUGAUGAGCAUAGGCUUUCUUCAGUUCAGAGAGGCAGCCCAUCUUCAGGCUUAUUACAGGAGGCGAGUGGGUCAAAAUCACUACCCCACCAUAACUUCCAGCAAUUUUCUUCAACUAGAGAUGAUCUUGGGAAGUUCUCCUCUCUUGGAGAUGUGGGCAGUGAGAAUCCGAGGAGCAGUUUGGGUCCUGAUUAUAGACUUCUUUCAAGUGGCUCAAUUAUAUCAUCUAGCGUGUACAGAGGCAGUAGCGAUCCCUCUGUUUAUGACAGAAGUGUGAAGGAACCACUGAGUCUAAAACAGAAAAGUCGAUCCAUGGUCAAUGAUCAUACUUUGUCAGUUUUCAGCUCCAACACUUCCUUUCCAUCCAUAGGCAUAUCACCAUCAUCCUCUUAUAUUUCUUCCUCUUUUAGUGGUUUGGAUGUUGAUCGGGACUAUCAUGCUUCUUAUUCUGCUUCUUUGCCUCAAAAUUCCUCUUCACCAUUUUACUCAAGAUCAGAACCAGACCAGUUUCCUGCAGGACAUAAACUGCAGGCUAGUUCAAAUGACUGGGAGCCAUCUGUACCUUUUCGACCAUCUUUUUUCUUUGAUUCGGCAAGUAUGUCAUCUCCUGGAAGCCAAUAUGACCCCCUUCUUGAUAGCAUUGAGCCACCUAGUGGAGGGCAUAAAUCCUUUCAGGUUUCUUCCUCGAGUCAGGGGGCAGGCAUCCGGCAUAUAUCCAAUCAGCUGACAAACUGUGACUCUGGUUUAACUUGGUUGCAUCGCCCAGAAUAUAAUACAGAAAAUCAUUUACUUUCUUAUAACCAUCAGUCCCAUGGCAGUGUAAUGGAAAAGAAUAUUCAUUCUCAUGGCUUGCCUAUGGCUGCUGAUGAGACUUUGGGAACUUCGGUAGCUGACAACCAAACUAAAGUUUCUACACCUAGAGAAGGGAAGAUCGAGAGGCCUGGUCAUGGACAUGUUGUAGAUGUUGCGAAAACAAAAUUAAUCAGUCAUGAUCCUAAUCCUAGAUAUCAAACUGAUGCUAGGAACAAAAAGGAAUCUAAAUCAGGUGGGGGUAGACAUAGCAAUGAAACAAAUCUUCAUCAAACUCCCAGACAAAAACAAGACAUGGAUGCACAAAACAAGGAAUCAAAAACACUUAAACUUUUCCGUGCUGCCCUUGUGGAUUUUGUGAAAGAAUUGGUAAAGCCAUCUUGGCGGGAGGGUCAUUUGAGGAAGGAUGUGCACAAAACUAUUGUUAAAAAAGCAGUUGAAAAGGUCCUUAGCACAUUGCAGCCGCAUCAAGUUCCUAGUACAACAGAAUUGGUUAACCAAUAUCUAUCUUCUUCCCAAUCUAAAAUUGCAAAGCUUGUUGAGGGAUAUGUUGAUAAAUAUGCCAAGUCUUCAGCUGCCAGUGGCUGAAUGGUAUUAUUUUUGUACAGUUAGCUACCUAUGUCACUAACUAAAAGUUAAAAAACAUUUGUUUAAGUCUAUCUUAGACUUCAAUAUUAAUAUUUAGGACUGAGAUUCAUGUAGUAUGUUGUGGAUUUUCUUGCUUCAUAGAUGAUUACUUUUCUCUCCUGUU